AUAGGUCCUUUAGAGGCAGAACCUGGCUAGCUUGCAAAUAUGCAGGCCCGUUUUCUAGCUGCGGUGCCAACUGCUACGGGCUUAAACGAUGAUCCUCACGGGCCACGUUUUAGGUGGUUGAGCCAGUUUCAGAUUGUCUCAUUAGGAUACCCCGCAGUAGAUUUGUCAGACGCACAGAUUGAUCGAUCCCUAGAGGCAUAUAUUCUAUGGUUGUUCGGCAAGACGAUGUUCACGGAGAACCACGUGACCACUGUUGAUGCACGAUUCAUCGGUAUUGCACGAGAGAUAGCUGACGCACGUUGCCCUGCGGAUAUUGUCCAGAGGAGUUUUGGUUCUGCCGUGUUAGCAGCUACGUAUAGAGGCUUGUGCAAAGGUUGCUUAUUGAAGUCUAGAAAGUCAGGUCUGGUUGGAUGUCCACUAUUGUUGCAGCUCUGGUCUUACGAGAGAUUCCCUAUUGGACGACCCUAUGUCUCCAUUGACACACCGUUUGGGUUGGAGGACAUGGCAGGGGCUUACGUGCCUGCUAUCGGCGACUUGCCUACUAUGGGAUCUGUUUGGGCACGGAGAGAGAGACAGUUUGCACAUACCCAGGUGAAGGGCUGCUACCCGUCCUUCACGGUGCAGUUUGAUAGUUUGCACGAGGAUCAAGUUAUCUGGGAGCCCUACUCGUAUCAGACUAUAACAUCCAGGUAUCCAGUUGGGAUCUCUGCCUUAUGCACUAGAGAUCGGCACUACUGGAUGACCAAGGCAAAGUUGGUGUUCGACGUGACGGUUGAGGAGAUGGCUCUUCAUAGGGUGAUGAGACAGUUUCGUCUAUGUCAAGAGCCUACAAUUCCAGAUAUUCCACGGAUACCAGACCACGUUCACAAGUACAGUCGCGUAGGAGGAAACAAGUCCAUGGCUGUUUGGCUUCAGAGCACUAGCCCUUACGUUCAAGAAUGGACUACGGCACCGACAAAUAUCUGGAAUGAGGUUGGGCUCUUUGACUGGGACAAGUUUGGGUUGUAUUUACAAACUUACCGGCAUACAACGAGGAUCUACUUGGUUCCAUCAGCUGCUCCUGAUCAGAUUGAAGCCCCUCUAACCAGCGAUAUGUACCCAACUACCUCUGUUGUGGGAACGAGACACCACGCGAGUGACUUGACAGUCCAGGCGCGAGAGGAGGUUUCCGCUUUAAUGCGGCAGGUUGAGAGGGGGGAUACUAUCCCACAGCCAGAGCACCUCUCAUGGUUGAGGCGUAUGGAUGAGAAGUUAAGAGGGAUUUACGCAUCACUUACAUGUAGGCGAUCUACGGAUGUUGUCAUUCCUCGUCCCGCACAUCGGCCCCCACGUCCCUCUGUCCAUCGUUCAAAACCACGACACUCUGUGCAGCGUUCAGAACCACGACACUCCGUGCAGCAACCACGCCUCUCUGUGCAUCAACCAUCUCCUUCACAACCAGGGAGCUCUUCCUGGAAUCAGCCAUCGCCUUCUCAACCAGGCACCUCUUCCUGGUCUCAUCAAAUGGAACUAGGCAACCAGUCGCGACAGUUCAUGCAUUCAGUGCAAUCACCGAUACUUAGUGGUGAUGGAUGUGGAUUAGAGGGCUAUGGCGAUGACGAUGACCAAGCUGAAAACAUUUAUGACUUCUCGCACACGGUGUUUCACACUCCACCACCACCACCGUCGCAGGAGACACAGACAGUGACAGACGAGGUUAUCUAUGGUCGUGGUUUUCGUGAGCAUCGUCCACCGCCUCAGCACUUAUCGCCUUCCGGUCCUCGCCCGAGGAAGACCCAGAUUCGUCGUCGACCCCCGCAGUGAUAUGAUUAUCUAUGUAUGAGUCAUUAUCUAUGUUAGUUUCAGACUAUUCGCAUACGUGAGUCAGUAUUUAUG